AGAUAGCGUUGAUAGUGCUUAGUCUGUUCCUUUCGCGUGCUUUUUGACAGUAAUAGCUCGUCAUGAGAUUGUCAUCAGCUGCCCCGUAAUUACACCCGCCGUCACUGCAAGGUCGAUUUGUCCCUGCGCGGGCUGCGGCGACAGAUAGUUCACCAGUAUGAUCGCAGUCAAGUGCACUUCCUCUAAGCGCUGGUGCGAUAGUAAGAAAGCAUCCGAUCUAUAAAAAAAACUUGCCCGAAUCGUGGCAGGCAGUGUUCUUGGAAAGAGCGGGAAGGUGUGAAGGGCCCAUUGACCGGUCAAGAUGAACCCCACGACACUUGUGCUGCUGGCCGUUUUUCUACGCGCGGCUGAAGGGCAAAACAUCGCCGUUCGAACCUUCGCUUCAAACCGUCACAGCCACUCGCACGCGGGACUUCACGCCAACCAUAACUUGGGCGUCCAGGCUCAUGGACACCACAGCCAUGCCCAGCCUGCCGACCAGCACACUCACGUGGGGCACGUUAACCACCCUCAUCAACAGGAACAGAGCCAUGGUUCCGCUGGUCACCAGCAUCAAUUCAACCCGCCGCACUCAGCAAUGGUCGGAUUACUCUAUCAUGGUCUGGGCCAUCAGCACCUGAACAACCAGCAUUCAUCAGUGUCCCCGCAAGUACCAUCGAACGGAAACAUGGUUUCACUCAUGGUGUGUCACAUCGCCCAAGUCCCUGUGGUCAAGCCUGCGUCUUCUAUACUGCCCAAGGCAGAUUCCAGUUCUUCGAGUUCUUCCGGGUCGCCUCAGCAUGUCUUCCGCAACAUUACAUCUUCGAUUGGAAACGUCGUCAGCAGGGUAAUUAACCCAGUGGUGUCCCUUUUUCACAAUGCCCCGGUUUGGUUCAACCGCACCGCAAAUCGUGAACAGGGUGACAAUGCCCAGCAUCACCAGCACAAUUUUACUGUUCUCAACCGCACCGCCAAUGGUGACCAGGACCACAAUGCCCAUCACCACAUCCAGCACAAUGUCACAGUAGACAAAGCGGAUGUAGUCCGAAAGAAGUUGGCUGCCCUCACCAAGUUCAGCCGCAACCAGACUCAUCCUUCAAGCAUGGCUGCUCGCCCAGCCAUCAUAACUGAGGCCACUACGACGUCUGGGCCAGCGCUCAUUGUGACAAGCGUGGCUCCAGAUACAGAGAUAACCACUCGGGCUAAUCCGAGAACAGUGCCUGUCCUCACUAGCCCACUCGGCGCCAACGCCCCUUCUCUGAGUGUCCCUAUUCUACGCGCUCGCUCUUCCACUAUCCUAGGCCCAGUUACUACUUGGACAGAUGGUCCCUCACUCAUCCCUGAAAAACGUACCCCUGAAAUACACGAUACGACCAUCAUUGCUGCCAUUACAAUGCCGGCGUACGCGGCCUAUUACGCUGUUCUACCUACCACUUCGGUUAACGUAUCUCUUCCCCAACCUGAAGACCAGGCGCAAGGAACCACGGCUGCUUGAACUCUAGCUGCCGACCCGUGCUGGCCUCUGCGUUUAAUACUCUCGUCCACAGUCCAACAUACGAGCCGCUUUUCGAAAGGAUGCAGACAGCUGUUCCCGCUACCAGAGCUGCCCUAACUCGGCCCAUCGCAGUGGAAGGCACGUAAUUUGUGUCUCAGGAUACAUUAGUCUACACUCUUCAACGCUGUGUACUUAACGAAAACCCGCUGUUUUUCAGCGCUCACGCAUCAAACGUGUACUUCGUAAAAUUCGCCUGUACGGACAUUCUUAAGCUCGUUUGCAUGUUCUAACGCCCAUCUUUCGCACUCAUAAUUUCUGUCGAAUCGCCAGGCAAUAAAUGCAGUUUUUUUUUAUCUUAAA